CCUUGGAUAGGAAAAGAUCGGUUUUGUGUGACUUGCAGCUAGACAAUGAUAAUGAUGCUUUUGAGUCGUUUGAGAAAAUAAACACACUACAGCUGUUGGCGAGUUGCUGCGUUGGUUCAGCUACCUAGCUAGCUAGCAGAUGCUAACGUUAUUCAGCUAUGUGACUGGAGCUGAAGAGCUAACAUAAUGCUGUAGUUAGGUAAACUACUAACGCCAACGACGCGCUCAUUUAUGAAAACAGUGAAAAGACGACCAUGACAGGAGAAAUACACAAGACAGGACAGGACAAAAUGACAAAAACAGUGAGAAAUUACCGCUGAGUAUUAACUUAUAUUUUGCACCUGUGUGCCUGCAAGAGUAUGGGGAUGCCGCCGGUGGAGCAUCUUCACCUGGAAAAUGUUCUGCAGACUGUAUGUGUGUUGGAGUCAGUCGUCCUCCGCUGUUUCGGCCCAGAAGGAGGACAGGUGCUGUUUACCCGAGACACAGGACAGGUGAUGUUGAGCCGUAGUGGGAUGCGCAUUCUCUCAGCACUCCACCUUGAGCAUCCGCUGGCCAGAAUGGUUGUGGAGUGUGUCUCGAAACACAGCACUGUAACAGGUGAUGGAUCCAAGACCUUUAUCCUACUGGUGGCGUCAUUACUACGGAUGAUUCAUACAAUAGCCUGCAAGGAGCCCCAUGUGUCUCGCACCUAUAACUCCAGGGAAGCAGCAGAGGCUGCCGCUGCCAGGCACUUGGCUGACAAAUUGCUGACAUUUGCGUUGGAGGAGCUGGAUGAUCUCAUUGCUGUGGGAGUGGUCCCAUAUGGAUGCUGUCUUUCGUGGGAAGAUUUCACUGCAAAAACACAAUUUCCAGCUCACUGUGUUCAAAAACUGUUGGCAUCUUUCUUUCAUUCACGUCUGGGUCGCACUCACUGUGACUUUAUUAGCGACCUUACCUGUGAUCUGCUCACUCACUGGAAAUUCAAGAAUGAGCAACCUUCCUUAUCACUUAAGUUUGUACAUGACAACUUUCAUGCAUUGCAUACACCUGUGUCAGGCUUUCCUGUAAGUUAUUCACGUUUGAUUGAGGGGCAGGUCAUUCACAGGGACUUUGCUACCCCCUGCCCUCAAACUGACCACCAGUCAGUUAAAGCUGUAGUUUUCACUUGCUACCUGCAUCCAAAAUUGCUCAAUGCAGGAGAAGUAUUGGAACUUGGAUGUAGAGAGGAAGGGAUGGGGGAGAAUUUAAAGAAGGAUAGAAGCAUUGUGCAGUUUAGCAGCUGGGCAGAAAGGUCACUAGACUGUGUCAUUGCAAACCUGCAGAGUCUCGGUGUCUCUGUGGUCAUGUCUUCAGUCAAGCAGUCUGCUGCUGUUCUGGCGUUAGCUGCGCAAGCAGACGUGUGCAUUGUGGAGUGUGUCAGUGAAGAUGAGCUGUCUCUCUUUGCCCAGUUAAGCGGUACCAGACCUGUCUCAGACUGUUGGAUGAUUGAACCAGACAAUGUUGCAACACUGACCUUUUGCCGACCAAUACUGCUGGGAGCUCACAGAUAUGUCCAUGUGGCUUUUCAUGAAAAUGUCAUGGUCAAACCCUGUAGUUUGGUCAUUUGUGGCCCAGGGGAAGGGCAAACUGACCAGUAUGCAUGUGCUUUACAAGAUGCUCUCCGUAUGCUACUUUCAACAUUGGAGCCCACGACUGCAGCUACAGCAUCAAAGAGGACCUUGCACUCAAACAAAAGCACAUCUGUAUAUACAGGCGAUCAGAUCCGCAAUGUGCCUGUGUUGGAACCAGGUUGCGUUUUACCUGCUGGUGGGACAUUUGAGUUUCUCUUAAGCCAUGCCCUUCUACAACAUGACUCAAUUUCCAAUGAUAUGAAUAUCAGUAACCCUGCUGUUUCCCAGCUCUUGGCAAAUGCUCUGCUGUGUGUGCCCAGACAGAUUUACUCCCACAGUCCCCAGUGUUUCCUGCACACUCAAACUAGACUCCUGAGCUUUGUUCAAAACAAUUCUCACCCUUUUAUCUCUGCAUCCAAUCAAAAACACAGCACAGUCCUCAUACAAGGACAGGGGAAAAGUCAAUGUCCUCUAGAGAAGUUUAAACAAAGUAUUCAUUGUUAUAGAGUGGCUGAUGUGUCAUCAGAAGUUUUUAUGUUAAACCUGGGCCUUGAAUCUGUCUCCUGUAAAUACAAACUGCUUCUGGCUGUGCUGCAGUGUGUUUCAAAUCUUCUCCAGGUGGACACUGUGCUAUACACACACACUGCCUUACGCACACAGUCACACAGACUUGCAACCAUUUCCUGGGAAGGCACAGAGGAUGAGGCUGAGGACUGAGAUUGUAUUGCGUCCCAAAAACAUGUUUAUGAAAGCUGUAAACAUAUUUUCUCUCAAUACUUGCACAUUCCUACAGCAGUUUGUUAUUAUUAUUUUGCCUCUCUGCAACAUAUUUGUGAUUCAUGUUUAUACUGUCACUGAGAUAGUAAAUUCUAUUUCAUGGCAUUACUGAUUUGUGGUGUAUUUCACAGGCCAAUAAAAUGUAAUGGUGAUUCUGUACCAUCCUGUCCUAAAUCAAGGCUAAAUUUGGCAAUAACAGUAAAAAAGAAAACAUAGACUGACAUUGUGUUAAUCUCUGUAGGGGACAGAAUGUGCAGCUGUUACUCAAUAGUUUAUCUACUGUGUGUUAAGGUGAAGUAGGGUGGUAGUGUGAGAGUGUAAGUGUUGAUGUUGGCCUCUCGCACUCAUCAUGAGUUCUCAUCAUGCUUCCUGUUUUUUCAGCACUUCUCUACCUUAUCUCAGUUUUCCUGCCUACUUCCUUUGGCUAUUUGGCACAUUCUGUUGCAUAAAAAGCAUGCACACAGAAUGGCAUGGAGACAUCGUCUCACAAAUUUACACACUGCUUUUUUUAAUCAGUGUUAUCUCCUUAUGAGGGGUGGGCUGUCUGAGAGGGAAACACCCAGUUUUCAACAGCCAAAUCAAAGUGUACUUCCUCAUGCUGUUACCAGCGGAACACUACAUCUUUACUCACCUCUUUUUGUAGAAUUAGUGAGUCAUUAUAAAUCAGCUAGACUCACUACCAUACAUAAAUGUGUACUGUUUACUGUAAUCAGUGCGUGCUCCUAGUGGCUCCAAAUUUUCCGUAAAUUAAUUAUGAUGGGAUAACUCAGACAAAGAUAGUUCUUGGCUUUGUUUGUGUUUUGGAUGAAACUCUACAUGAGUCACACUUGACGGUCGCAAAUAUCAAAGGAGCGGAAAGCUGAGUGUUUUUUUCCACUGCACACAAGGAAAAGAAACUGAACUUUGUUUUCAAUCUCAUCAAGGCACCCACGCCUUUCUCGCCCAUACAUGACCUCUGUAUCUUACACAGCUAAAGAUGCAUCGGUUAAAUAGUGACUUUAUUAUAUAAUUAAUGAAUUUUACCCAUUUGGAGCUCAUCUGACUCUUGCGCUGUGUGCCAGAGUGAUUGCCAGAAUAUAAUACCCUCAGAAUUGACUCAGUUUGGUUUAUUUGGCUGUCAUUAAUUUUGUCUCUGUAAAACAUAGUGCAUAUGACAUAAAUCAACCCAAUCUCUGUAAAAUGAAAAGACAUUAUAAAAUACAUAAUCAAUCACAUAUACCAUACAACCACUUAGGUGUAUAAAUCUCUUACAAAUUAAAAAAAGACAUUUACAAAAUGUGACAAAAAAAUUAAAGGCGUUUUUUUU